CACUUUUCCACAAAGCUGUCGACGUUAACCACACCGUCCGAAGUGCUUUACGCUCUCCAUUUUCAACAUUAUUUCUGCAAAUUCCCUUAUUUUUUGAAAAAAGAUGGAUGCUCCACUCACACCAGAGUUAAAGAAAGAGUUAAAAAACAACGCUGAAGCUAUUGUGAAACCGGGGAAAGGUAUUUUAGCUGCUGAUGAAAGUACAGGCACGAUGGGUAAAAGAUUUAAGAAUAUAUCUGUCGAAAACACUGAAGAAAAUCGCCGUCUUUACCGACAACUUCUAUUCUCAACCGACCCGAAAGUUGCUCAGAAUAUUGGUGGCGUUAUACUUUUUCACGAAACUCUUUAUCAGAAAGCUGACGAUGGCACGCCGUUUGUGAAAAUGAUUCAAGACCUCGGUAUCCUUCCUGGUAUAAAGGUUGAUAAAGGUGUUGUACCUCUGGCUGGGACCGUGAAUGAGUGCACGACCCAAGGUUUAGAUGGUUUGGGAGAGAGAUGCGCUCAGUAUAAGAAAGAUGGCUGUCAGUUUGCUAAAUGGCGUUGUGUUUUGAAAAUUGGCCCUAAUAAUCCUUCCGAAUUGGCGAUGAAGGAGAAUGCCAACGUAUUGGCGCGAUAUGCAACUAUCUGUCAAGCCAAUGGUUUGGUACCAAUUGUUGAACCUGAAAUUCUUUGUGAUGGCGAACAUGACCUUGAAACGUGUCAAAAAGCAACGGAAGCCGUGCUGUCAGCAACGUACAAAGCUUUGAUGGAUCAUCAUGUUUAUUUGGAGGGCACAUUACUCAAGCCGAACAUGGUUACACCAGGUCAGAGUUGCUCAAAGAAAUACACACCAGAACAAAUAGGUGAAGCAACAGUCACAGCCCUUCAACGUACUGUUCCUCCUGCCGUACCUGGUAUUACCUUCCUUUCUGGUGGUCAAUCUGAAGAGGAAGCUUCAGUUAACCUUAAUGCAGUCAAUAAGCAUCCUGGGAAGAAGCCUUGGGCAUUGACCUUUUCAUUUGGACGUGCCCUUCAGGCAAGUGCCUUAAAAGCAUGGAGUGGUAAACCAGAUAAUGUGAAAGCAGGACAAUGUGAGUAUGCUAAACGAGCAUUGGCCAAUGGUGCAGCUUCAUGUGGAAAAUAUACUGGCAUUGAAAGCCUUGCUGGAAGUCAAAAGACUUUUGAAGCCAACUAUGCUUAUUGAAAACUUUAUACUGCCUAUAUCAUAUCUUGAAGAAAAACAAAAAUUCUGGGCAGUCAUUAGGCUAAGAUAAAUUAUUGCAACAUUAAACUGAAACUGUGCUUAUAUACGAACUAGUAGUCAAUAAAUGAAUUCUUGAAUUUC